AUGGCAGUCAUUGCAGGAAUCCCCUCUGAGUUCUUGGAGCAAGCUGGGGCACUGCUGGAGCUCUACAGGACGCCACAGAUCUCCUACGGCACUUUUGAUCCUUUGUUGAAAAGUAAGGACCAGUUUUCCUCUCUCUAUCAAAUUUCCCUCAAUCACAAUUGUCUGGCCUCGGGCCUGGUCUCCUUACUGGUCCAUUUUGGAUGGACGUGGGUUGGUAUCUUAGUGCCAGAUGAUACACAAGGUGAACAGUUCAUUUGGGACCUUAGAAAAGAGAUGACCAUCAAAGGUGUCUGUGUGGCAUUCAUAGAAAAAGUUCCUGUGACCAAGAGAAUAUACAGCCCAGGAGAUGCGACCUACCUCCCCAGAGUCCUGGACUCAUCUGCAAAUGUAGUCACCAUUUAUGGUGAGAUCAAUACAUUACUAACUAUGACUUUUAUUGAUGACUAUAAUCUUAUGCCCCACAAGAUAUGGAUCAUUACAUCACAGUGGAAUUUUUCUUUGAUACCAACGCUUUAUUUAUUUAAUAUUUUCCAUGGGACUCUUUUCUUUUCACACCAGAACUCUGAGAUACCUGGUUUCAAAGACUUUCUCAGGACAGUGAAUCCUUCCAAGUACCCAGAAGACUUUUUCCUGACCAAAUACUGGCUCUCCGCUUUUAAUUGCUCACUUGCAGGAACUGUAUGUGGGGAAAUUCAUGAGUGCCCAUCCAAUGCCUCCUUGGAGUCAGUGACUGAGCAUAAAAUAGACACGACCCUAAUGAAAUCCACCAAUGAUCUCUAUAAUGCUGUCCACCUGGUGGCCCAUGCCCUGCAUGACAUGAUGUUAAUGGGUGAGGAACCUAGGGACAAGAUGGAAGCAGAACACCCUGUGAUUCUCCCUUGGCAGCUCCACCCCUUCUUAAAAAGCACACAUCUGGAAAACAGUGCUGGAGAACAUGUCUCCCUGAAUGAGAACAGAAACUGUGUGUCACGAUAUGAGAUUAUGAACUUUCUGAAUUUUCCUGGUGGUCUUCGCCUUCCCAUGAAAGUCGGAGAGUUCAUCCCCCAGGAUCCACGUGGACAAGGUUUGAUGAUCCAGGAGGAGCUGAUAGAAUGGGCUUUCGGAUUCACCGAGACUCCCCACUCUGUGUGUAGCAAGAGCUGUGGCCUGGAAUUCAUGAAAAUUCAUCAAGAAGGGCAGCCUUCCUGCUGUUUCCAUUGUAUUUUAUGUCCAAAAAGAGGAAUAACUAAUGAAACAGAUAGUGAUCAGUGUACAGAGUGCCCCCAGAGUCAGUAUCCCAACAUGGAGAGGAACCACUGCCUACCCAAAACUGUGACCUUCCUGGCUUAUCAAGACCCACUGGGCAUGGCUCUGGCCUGCACAGCUCUGUGCUUCUCUGUCAUCACUGCCAUGGUUUUGUGGGUCUUUUUGAAAUACCGAGACUCUGCCAUAGUCAAGGCCAACAACCGCUCCCUCAGCUAUGUCCUGCUCCUCUCCCUCCUCCUCUGCUUCCUCUGCUCCUUACUCUUCAUCGGCCGUCCAAACACAGUCACCUGCGUCCUCAGCAAUAUCUCCUUCGCAGUGAUAUUCACUGUGGCUGUUUCCGCUGUUUUGGCCAAAACCAUCACUGUAAUUCUGGCCUUCAUGAUCUUAAGACUGGGAAGAAUUAUGAGGCAGUUGCUGGUGUCUGGGGUUGUAAAUUUGGUGGUUCCCAUCUGUUCCCUUAUCCAAUUGAUUAUUUGUGGGAUCUGGCUGGGAACCUCUCCCCCUUUCAUUGACAUAGACUCAUCCUCUGAACCCAGGAGCAUCAUCAUUGAGUGCAACAAGGGUUCUGUCUCUGCCUUCUACUGUGUCCUGGGAUACCUGGGAUUCCUGGCCCUGGGAGCCUUUUCCUUGGCUUAUCUGGCCAGAAACCUGCCUGGCACCUUCAAUGAGGCCAAGUUCCUGACAUUCAGCAUGCUGGUGUUCUGCAGUGUCUGGGUGACCUUCCUUCCUGUCUACCACAGCACUCGGGGCAAGGUCAUGGUGACUGUGGAGAUCUUCUCCAUCUUGGCCUCCAGCAUGGGGCUUCUAGGCUGCAUCUUUGCCCCAAAGUGCUAUGUCAUCUUCCUAAAGCCAGAUGGAAACACAUCAAAGGGGUUAAAGAGUAAAACAUAUUUCAGGGGGAAAUGA